AAUUGCUUAACAGCCAAGAAAAUCAUUUCCAACACUCAAAAAACGAAGAACUCAAUUCGUCUUUGCGAUCAAGAUGAAGCUGAGACUGAGAGAUUAUGAAUCCAAAGAAACCCAAAGAAUUCAACUUCCAUCGUCUUGUUCUUUCUUACAACUGCAGGAAACCCUCUUCGCUUCUCUCCCGUCGCCUCCGCCUCAUCUUUCUCCAUCUUCAAUUUGUUUUUCGCUCAACGCCAAGGACCGGCUUCUUGCGCCGUCACCUCACACUUCCCUUCAAUCCAUCGGUGUUGCCUCCGGUGACCUUAUCUAUAUCUCCUUCAAUCCAAACGCUUUUUCUGCCGUUCCUUCCACUCAAGAACCUCAAUCAGUAACCAUAGCUCAAGAUCCGAAUCAGAUGCCGGAAUCUAGCAACAAUCAAGAGACCCCAGUCCAAGAAUUGAAUCAAUUUCAAGAUCCCAUUUCAACAGAGCCCGAAAUUUCUCAAGAAACCCAAGGAACGGAACUUAUGGACAUCGAUGAUUUCGCCCUUGUUGCAAAGUUAUCGGAGCCCUAUUUCUUGAGGAAGGUUUUGGGUGAAGAGCUGGGUGAUAAUGGAAGCAUUCACAAGUUGUUGGCGAUUGCGGUCCAUGCGGUUUUACUGGAAUCGGGUUUUGUGGGGAUUGAUCCCGUUUCGGGGAUGCAAAAUGAUCGGUUUCAUUUGCCAGAUGAGUUCGCUUCUCCUUUCUCACUUUGUUAUUCUCUGCCUGACCUCUUGAGGGCUGAUUAUUACAAAUCUUCCGGUUCUAAUUUGACUGAUUAUGUUGUUUUGAAGUUUUUAACUUUAGGGCAAUUCAUUCAGGUCUAUGGGUCUCUAGUUAAGGGGUCUAUGUUGUAUAAAUUGUCUCUAGAUGAACAUAGGUUCGCCCCUACUUUGAAUCUAGUGUGGGUAAAUUGUGAUAAGAAUGAUAAGAAAGAUGGUUCUAUUAGUUCAUAUCCUGAGAAUGAAGUUUUUGAGUUUUGGAGGAUUGUUAAGGAUGGGCUUGCAUUGCCAUUGUUGAUAGAUCUUUGUUCCGAGACUGGUUUGGCUCUUCCAGCUUGUCUGAUCCGUCUCCCGACUGAGUUGAAACUCAAGAUUCUGGAGUCGUUGCCCGGUGCUGACAUCGCAAGAAUGGAAUGUGUUUGCUCAGAGAUGCGGUAUCUGGCUUCGAACAAUGAUAUGUGGAGGCAGAAAUUUACAGAAGAGUUUGGAGAUUCAUCAGGAGCAGCAGGAAUGGGGAACUGGAAAAAGAUGUUCCAUUCAUGUUGGGAGAAUAGGAAGAAACGGAGCCGGGAGAUUACGAGGUGGCAAGGGUAUCCUCGUGUUGAUAGACCAUUUUUCAUCCCGACGUGGAGAGAUCCCAACCCAAUGUUUGCCCCACUUGGAGUUCCUCGUAUAGUUGGCGGUGAUUACGACUUAAUGCCUGGUGUCAUCAUGCCCUAUCCUCUUCCACUUCGAUUUCGAGGGCGACAGAAUGCUGGACUUCAUUGUAAUCUUGGAGGACAGAAUGACGCUUAGUUGCUGGUGAGCUUCAGUAAUUCCUUCUUUGAAAGUAAAUAGAAAAAAGAUGUUUUGUAUAUGUAAUUGUAUCAUGAGAACAAAUCUUGGUUUGGUAGAAGGGAAGAAACAAGAUGAGAAUAUGCAGUUUGUUGAGUUUUGAUGCUUGUAAGCACCAUGACUG